GGGGUCUCCAGUCGGGUUUAAGAGCCCUGCGAGUUCGAGGACGCCCACUUCGUUAAACCCACCGCUGUGCGUAAAGGCUGCGCGUAAAGAUUGGAGGACACGCACAGAUCUCAACACUCUUUCUCCAACAAAACCAGAGAGAGAGAGAGACAGAAAGAGAGAGAAAGAAAAACAUUUUGUGUAUGCAUUGCUUAAGGUUGACGUGUACGUCCUGACAGCACGGAGACGCAGCGGAGGAUUAAAACGCUCUUUUCCACACCACUUGUCUUCUAAACUCGACCGGCCGCCAACAUGAUGUCUUAUCUGAAACAACCUCCGUACACGGUGAACGGACUGAGCUUAUCUACCUCGGGAAUGGAUUUACUGCAUCCUUCUGUGGGAUAUCAAGGGACCCCUCGCAAACAGAGGAGGGAGAGGACGACCUUCACUCGAGCGCAACUCGACGUGCUGGAAAACCUCUUUAACAAGACCCGCUACCCGGACAUCUUCAUGAGAGAAGAGGUGGCCUUAAAGAUCAACCUGCCCGAAUCCAGAGUGCAAGUGUGGUUCAAGAACAGGCGAGCCAAACACCGCCAGCAGGCCCAGCAGACGCAGAGCGGAGCGCAGAACAAGGCGGUGAGCAGGCCGGUGAAGAAGAAGGCCUCCCCGGUCAGAGAGCCCAGCUCGGAGAGCGGGGCCAGCGGCCAGUUCACGCCGCCCUCCGGCACCCCCAUCCCGGCUGCGAGCUCCAGCAGCAGCGGCAGCGCGGCGCCCGUCUCCAUCUGGAGCCCCGCAUCCAUCUCCCCUCUGUCCGAGCCGCUGUCUUCCACCUCCUCCUCCUCCUCCUCCUCCUGCAUGCAGCGCUCCUACCCCAUGACCUACACCCAGGCCACGGGCUACAACCAGGCCUACACGGGCUCGUCCUCCUACUUCCCCGGCAUGGACUGCGGCUCCUACCUGUCCCCCAUGCACCACCAGCUGUCGGCCGCCGGCUCCGCCAUGAGCCCCGGGGUGUCCAGCCACCUGAGCCCGGCCUCCUCGCUCUCCGCGUCGGCCUACGGAACCACGGGACUGGGCUUCUCCGGAGCCGCCGACUGCCUGGACUAUAAGGACCAAACCGCCUCCUCGUGGAAGAUCAACUUCAACUCGGACUGUUUGGAUUACAAAGACCAACAAGCCUGGAAAUUUCAAGUGUUGUGAGGGGAGAGAAAUAAAAAAAAAAAAAAAAGGACACAUUUCUCUGCCUAUUUUUAGGGCUGAGGGUUGAAGCUUUUCUGUGACUAUUAUUGGCCCUUAUUUCUACCUCGGGUCGAGCAGAUCAGGACUGCCGAGGCAGGUUGUCUCACUUGUCGGGCUUACUUAUUGAACAUUGAGAGUGACUUUUAUAGCCAACUUUGAUCAAGGGCACGGAACAAAUGUUUUGACCAGAAAAAAAGAGAAAAGAUCAAGAGAGCGAAAGAUCCCGGGUUAACAUGACUGGGUUUGAGGGAUAGGUCAGGUUUUUCUUUUAAGCUCCUUAAAGACUCCCUCUUGUCUUUCUUUUUUCAUUUUGUUAGCACACUGAAGAGCCCCUUUGAUCAAAGCGAUGUGCAUGAGUGUGUGUGUUGUAAAGAGCGUGAGAGAGAGCAGCUCUGACGGGAACCAGGAUGCACUAUUUAAUUUAUGAGAAUAUAUACUUAUGAGACAAUCAGUCCGUAUGAGCAUAAAUGUUAUGUGUUUUUCAGUUAUUAUUUUUACCCAUGUAAUAGUUUCUUUUUAAAUGUGAUUCUUUGUAAUACCUGUAUGCAAUUUUACUCCGCGCAAUGGUGCGCCACAAGUCAGCUGUGAAUUUUGAUAGUUUUAUGUCCCUGUCUGGAGGUUUAAAUGAUCAAUUAAAACGAGGAUUUAGUUAUACGGAAGAGCAGGGUAAGUUAAACCAGCCAUUUAAGCGGAAAUUUGCAGUGAAAGAGCCACAAACACCUACAAUAAAGAAACUUGACCUGAUCCUCGUGUUAAUCCAUCUGAUUGUGUUUUUUUUGCUGUUUUAUCGCCUGUUUCAAUCCUUUUUUUCAUAUUGACCCACAGAUUCGUUUAGAUUGUAUAUGCG